AUGAAGCAAGUGGCUGGGUCUAUGAAGUUAGAGUUGGCGCAGUUUAGAGAAGUCGCAGCCUUCGCUCAGUUCGGGUCUGACUUAGAUGCUUCAACCCGGCAGUUGUUGGUGCGAGGCGCGGCUUUAACCGAAAUUUUAAAACAAAAACAAAAUUCGCCGAUUGCAGUUCCUCUGCAGGGAUAUCUUGACCCCCUAGACCCUAAAGAGAUCUCCAGGUUUGAGAGUCUCUUCGUGAAGCAUAUCGAGACAAACCACCAACACCUGCUUGACACCAUCGCCAGGGAGAACCAGCUGAGCGAAGAGACAGAGAAGUCGCUGCGCACAGCUAUAGAAGAUUUUCUUGCAGCAAAUGAAUUCAAAAAGAGGUAA